AUGGCUGAGAAACCAAGAUGGCUGCCACUGGAAGCUAACCCAGAAGUCAUGAACAAGUACAUUAAGGGUCUUGGUGUAGAAGACUCAUUCCAGUUCUGUGAUGUUUACGGACUGGAUCCUGAUCUUUUAGCAAUGGUCCCUCAACCUUGUACUGCAGUGGUAAUGUUAUUUCCAGUCACCGACCAAAGUAAGUAUCUUUAUGAAACACAUAGAGAAGAGGAAGAAGAAAAAAUUAAAAAAGAAGGACAGACUGUCAGUCCAAAUGUCUACUAUAUGAAGCAAUAUGUUGGUAAUGCUUGUGGUACUGUAGGUCUGUUACACACAUUAUGUAACAACAUGUCAACAUUAUCUGUUAAGGAUGGCUAUUUGAAGAAUUUCUUUGAGAAGACAAAAGCAAUGUCACCUGAGGAAAGAGGAAGAUUUUUGGAACAGGAUGAGAGAGAGGACCACACAAACCUUCAUUUUGUUGCCAUAGUUUAUCAAGAUGGAUAUUUAUAUGAACUUGGUAAGGAUGCUGCUAAUGUGUGUCAAAAGUUUAUGAUCAGAGAUCCUGACGAAAUUCAUUUUACAAUUGUUGCAUUAGCAGCUGCUCAGUGA